GGGCGGGGCUGGGCGGGCGCCGUGAGUCAGUGCCCGGUAAACAUUGGCGUGAGCCGCCGGCCCCGCCGUGCUGGCGGCGCCCUGAGGGCGGCGGGGGCCGGGGCCGGGGCCAUGGACGAACUUAAGCACCAGGUGAUGAUCAACCAGUUCGUGCUGGCGGCCGGAUGCGCCGCCGACCAGGCCAAGCAGCUGCUGCAGGCGGCCCACUGGCAGUUCGAGACUGCUCUCAGUGCUUUUUUCCAAGAAACAAACAUCCCCUACAGCCACCACCAUCAGAUGAUGUGCACUCCCGCCAACACGCCGGCCACACCGCCCAACUUCCCCGACGCCCUCACCAUGUUCUCCCGCCUCAAGGCUUCCGAAAGCUUCAACAGCAGUAGCCCCGUGGCCUCCAUGGCGACCUCCCCACCGCCCCCGGCCCCGCCGCUACCCCAGCACGGGGCCUUCAACCCCGCCUGGCCCACGGCUUCGCCGCCCGGGCAGCAGCAGAGCAUGUGGACUCCAGCCGCGCCGGCCCAGCCUGCAGGCUGGCCAGCCGCCGUCUCCCAGCAGGCCAGCGCAGAACAGAAGGCCAACGUGACCAUGGAGGCAGAGAGAUGAGGCCGCGGCGGAGAGCGGACGCGGCGGGGACCCCUGCAUAUAAAUAUAUAUAUAUUUUUUCUCUCCCCCUCCCCAAAGAGGAGAGGAACUCUGCUGCCAGGGCGUCUGGCAGCCGCCGAGACACAUGAGCAAAUAGCUGCCUUGCAUGGGUUUGGUUUGAAGUAGUUUUUACUUGUUCUUGAGCUGAACGGAGCUCCCCAGAGACAGCGGGAGGCUGCGUGGGACCGGUGCCAGCCUCUGCCUGGGACCCUGACGCUGCCAGACUCUUGGGGAGGGAGCACCCCCUCCUCUCUUGGGACACCGGAGUUUGCAUGCCAGUGACAUUUACAGAGGAGGUCCCUUCCUCAGGGUCCCCUGGGCCACCCCACCAGGCAGAAUGGGCUGUUGCCUGAGUGUUUCCCCCAUCCCUUGGCCCCGAUCGACUGGGUGGGGGGUGGACACCCCACAAGGCUUGUUUUUUGUAAGGGGUGGAGAGAGCAAGGGCUGUUCCUGCACCACCACAGCCUCCACCUCGCAUACACCGUCCUCGCUGGUGAGCAGGGCUGGGGGACACCGGGCCUUGGGGAGGCGUCCGGCCCCUUGCCCAGCCCCAGAUGGGGAGCAGGGGGUGAGCGCUGGUGGUCCGGCUGGGCCAGCACACCCUCCCCUCAAACUGGCAGGAUGGGGUUUGCCCAAGGGCUGUUUUGCAUGACACAGUGUAACCCUAGAGACUGGGAUCGUUUUUAACCCCUCUGUUCUUUUCUCCUGGCGGCUGGAAGUCUCUCGGGAUGCGCCGCAGCCGCUUGCAAUACACGCUCUUCUGCUUUGAA